AUGAAAGUAUCGCCGUAUUGUGAACUAUACGCCAAUCAGCUCCUGAAAGAUGUUGAAUAUGUUGCUCUCCAUGGAUUCGACGCCCUCAUUAUGCAGAGAAGUAAAGCAAAUCUAGCAUGUGAUACUGUUAUGAAUAAGCAAUCGAGGACGCUUAUUGAUGCCAAGCGUAACGUUGAUGUAUCACCUGGCCAGGACCAGCCACCUUUGAGUUCCCUACGAGUGAAAUCUCCUCCGAAAUCUAUACCAAAGUCAGCCGAUGAAAAUGGUAGAGAGUCGUCAACAAAAUUACCAAAGUUUACGAAGAGUCCAGGGAACCUCGAGUGGAAACCGGCCGAUGACUGGACCAGAAUAGAAGUGGACACGGGGGGUCCAACAAUUUCAAGUGCUACACAGCUCCUGGGUGAAGCGUUGCGAACCACACCAUCUGAAGUGCGGUGCACAAUUUGCAAAACAACGACACCGUCUGAAUACAGUAAGAACAAUUCUCAAAGUUAUUUCAGCUGCACGAGUCCCAUUCGAGUUUCCUCUUUCUUCAAGAGUUUUGCCUCAGUGUUUUCUAUUUUUUUAUACUUGGCGUCAGGUUAA